GUAGAGCUGCUCUUGUGCAACCAACACCACCACCUCCUCCAUUGAUUCACAGACUUCAAAUUCCCCCACAAGCAGCCCAUCAGCUUCCACAGUGAUCAGAUUAAUAUCAACAGUAGCCUGUGAUCACACAGGAGGAGAUAACCGGCGCUGCUCGUCCUCCGCGGGAUACUUGGACAGCUACAGCAACAGGAUCCAUCCCUGCUCCUCUCCUCUUUUUUUCCACGCCUGAUCCACACCUGUGUUUUCCACUUUGAGAACACCCGCUGUUUUUUUGUAACUACUUGGAUACCUGCGAGUUGUCCUUUUUAUAAAUGUCGGACUGAAUAUAAUUGCUAUGACAGGGAAACUAGCGGAGAAGCUCCCUCUUACGAUGAGCAGUUUAAUAAACACGAUCCCUGACAGUCUCUACCCAGAAGAGGACAUCCCGACGUCUAUGAAUAUUUUCACCAGUACGGAAUCUAUUAACCACUAUUCACAGAUGAACACAGAUAAUAUCAUGGACCUGGGCAUGGGAAGCGAGAAAACAAGCGCAGAGAUUCAGUAUGGAUCCAGCUUCCAGUCCAACCGCAGCGGGCAGACUGUCACUUAUCUGGGGAAGUUUGCCUUUGACACUCCUCCGUCAGGUGGCAUUGGUGGCUCUGGUUGGUGCUCUGAUAACAAUAUCAUCAGUCUUGUCAGCGCGGGGAUCCUUGGCGUUUCUCCAUCACCCGGUACGGUAACGUCGCAGACAUCAUCCUCCGCAGGCGGCAUGGGCGGACAGACGUCAGAUAUGGAGCAGGUAUAUGGUCCGCCACUGCCUGCCUAUUCCACCUGCAGUGACCUGUACCAGGACCAGGUCUCCUUCCACCACAGCCCUGCCACCAGCACGGCUCUAGCCUACCCUGGCAAUGACUAUCACUCCACAUCCAAAGCCUCCAUGGAUGGCAGCCUUUUCUCCAUGAUCCCUGACUACAACCUUUUCCACCAUCAGGGUGAGGUUGGCGUGAUGGAGCACAAGCCUUUCCAGACCAUGGACCCCAUCCGAGUCAACCCUCCACCCAUCACACCCCUGGAGACCAUAAGGGCGUUCAAAGACAAGCAGCAGAUUCACCCAGGUUUCAUUGGCGGGCAGCAGCACCCUCCUCAGCACCACCCACCGCCACAGACUCUCACCCUCAAACCCAUCCGACCGAGGAAGUACCCCAAUCGUCCCAGCAAAACCCCCGUCCACGAACGCCCUCACGCCUGUCCGGCAGAGAACUGUGACAGACGCUUCUCACGCUCAGACGAGCUCACGCGUCACCUUCGCAUCCACACAGGUCACAAACCCUUCCAGUGCCGAAUAUGCAUGCGCUCCUUCAGCCGUAGUGACCACCUGACCACACACAUACGCACACACACAGGCGAGAAACCCUUCUCCUGUGAGUUCUGUGGACGCAAGUUUGCCAGAAGUGACGAGCGAAAGAGACACGCAAAGGUUCAUCUGAAACAGAAGGACAAGAAGCCAGCUGACAAGAACAGUGGGGCAGCUGGGAGUCACAGCUCGCCACCCAGCUCCUGUGGGGGGCCAACAGUGGGAACGUCAUGACCGUCACUGCGUACACUUGGACUGGACCCUCACCAUGCCCCAUAAAGAGACUUAGGAAGACAGGAUCACGUCCACUAUGAGAUAAAUAGGUGACUCUCUUCCUCUCUUUUACAUCCCCUGCUCUUUUCAGUUCCUUCUAUUUUGAGAUGGAUGCCUUUAGUUUAAGUAAGAGGGGAAAGGCUGCUACGCCCUUCUCUUCCAAGUUACUCAGAGGCUCAGCUACUGUAACACGGUGCCAACACAAAGAAGGGCCACACAUAGGUUGUUGGGCUGGAUACACUUUUGUAAAUUUUACUGAGAAUUUCUAAAUUGGAAGGAAGCCAGAAUCCAUCAUAGGUGUCAAAAACAGACAAAAUUACAAGGGAGCUUAUUUAAAGGGUGAGUUGUCUGGGAUGUAUGCAUUCAUUUUAUUAGGCUGUUUAAAAGUGCAAUUGGUUAUAUUUGUGUACUGUCAUGGAUACCUUAUUAGUGGCACUUGACCGUCUUUUUGUUGUUUUUGUUGAGGUGUUGUGCUUUUUAUUUUAUAUUUGAAUGUUUUCUCAAAAGAAUGUGCCAAAUGUAUUGUGGUGACACAGCCAACCUUGUUCUUAUUAUUGUGCCUGACAUUUGCCAAACAUAACAGUGAUAUCAGCUUAGCACACAUAAAGAUCAGAUUCAAACACCGUAUCUCAGAUUUAAAUUUAUCUGCAUAAUUUGGUUAAGUCUAGAUAAUGACUGAAUGGGUUACACAAAGCAAACCGAUGUCUUGUCCUGUUACCUGUACUUAUAAAGCAAACAUGCCUGCAGCAAUCAAUGCCUUUGCCAAUACUUUAUUUAUUUAUAGUCACUGAGAGACACUGUGUAUUUGUGUUGCCUUUUUUUUAUAUGGUGGCUUUAUGUGGUGUGACCAGAUAUAAUUUCUGUUGCUUUUUUUGAAAAGCCCACCAAUACUGUUCAUUUUUUCAGUUUUCUUGAGUUCUGCAAUUAUAUGCAAUAUAUUCGUGACAUAUGCCACCAACCCGUAAAUCAAAUUAACUAAGAGCACAGUUAGACAGACUGAACUAUUUAAAUACAUUACACUGGGUUGCAAACCAGCAGUAUAUGAAAGCAAAGAUGAAUGAAAGAUUUACAGUGUAAAAAGUCUAAACUACUUGGUAUGAAUCACCAAAAGAUGACCAGCAUAUGGUAAGAGAAAAAUGAAAAUGUCCAAAUCCAUGUUUACAUUUUUUCUAAUACAGAGAGACUGAAACUGAGUUGUAACUUAAGGACUUGUUGUUUUUGUACAGUAUACAAACAUGUAUGCAGGUAGCUACAGUAGUUUCCCUUUUGUACUCAAAUGUCAAACGCACCAUAAUUCAGUAUUAAAUUGUGCAUAUAUGUGCAUGCCUUCAUGCACACUAUGUAAAUACAAAUGUCUGCAUAAACAAGAAAUUUCAAUUGACUGAAUGUUUGUGCAGAAUGUGUCUUAAAGCUUUUAGUAAUGUAGUUAUAAUACAGAAUAUUUUGUUGUCAUUGCAAAAAAAAUUGGAGCAUUGCAAUAGUGCCAAAUAUGGUGUAUUCUCUUCCAUAAAAGAAAAAAAAACAAUCAUAACAUUUGCACCAUUUGUAUAUUUUAAAGUGGUAAUUGGUUUAAAGAAGCACGAAUGUGUUCUCUGAAUAAACAGCAAGACUUUUAAAAUUUUGUUUAUCUCCAUUAUAGUCGCAAUCAGUUAUUUCAAUUAACACAUCUUCCCCAUUCCUUAGAAAACGCUGGUUGUUCUCAGAUAGACAGAAGACUAAAUGAUUGGAUCAUUUCUUAAACAAAAUGCAUUACAGGGCAAUGCUAAUAUUUUUCAGUUCCUUAUUGAUCUUUGUCCUGAUAGAAGGAAUCUUAAAUCAUUCAGUGAAACAUUUUGUGUAGGCUCAUCUCUUCCAUGAGCUUCUACGGGAUCUUAAAAGUGUAUUAUAACAAUAUGGACCAAUGAAAGCAUUUGAUAAAACGUUCUGAUGCCAGCAUAAUCGUAUUUACCUAUAAACAUGUUUUUACUAAUCUCUGUAAAGGACGUUUUUUCUCCAAAACUGCAUUAUGGCCCUGUUAAGGGAAAUUUGAGUGUAAUAACUUUGCCCAUGUGCUAAUGUAAUUUUUGAUUUUAUCCUUUACGUUCAUGGCUCGAAUACCAGAUAAACUUCUCCUCUCCAUUUACUUUGACCGACCAUAUUUCUGGUUAUUGGCUGUGCUCUCUGGCUAUUUAAGAGUGUAUGCGAGGCAGAGAAUUUAUUAUAAACAUUGUUAUCAGCUGAAAAAAAACAUAUUGUACCAGUCAGUAGACACGGCAAUCAGACUUAAAGAGAAUAUCGACUGACAAAUGCAAAGGCCAAAAGAAAGGUUCAGAAAAGCAGAGCCACAGAGAGCACAGUGCAUGCAGAAGGCCAUGUUUUCCCUUUCCUGUAACAACCAGUUUUCACUGCUGAGCUUCCUGGCAAGUGUCCACUUAUUUUCCAAUUAAUUUGGCCUCAGAGAGUCUUUUCUCAACUCAUCUACAUGGUUAAAUGAACAGACCUCCUUACACGUUUUCAGAUAGUUUAAAAGUCCACUCACCCUGUAACAUCUAUCUGUAAAUCAAUAGUUUUGUAUCAUAAAAAAUUAUUUUGUUGCAUGGCUGGCAAACGGAACUUUUCUAAGCUUAUCUCAAUGCACAAUGCAACUGAAAUCACAACCUAACAAACUUCUCACACAUUACAUUACACAACAUUUCUUAAGUCUGAUCCCAGAUAAUUCACGAGAUAAUAACUAAGAUUAUAACAGUACAUUCGGAUUGUCCAUCUUAAAUCUUGCAAUGAGCAACAGCCUCUAAUGUAAACAUCAUGAAGCAGAUGGCCUCAUGGAGUCAGCACACAAGAAUAUAUAUAGUGCAUGAGGUGAUAGAAGAUACAACAUGUUUAUAUAGAAUAAUUUGAUGUUAGACACUGUUCAUUAUAGACUCUGAAUCUUUUUUAAUUUAUUUGACCAAAAAUUAUGCUCUUGUGUGCUCUUGAUUUGACACUUUGCUGGUGAGAAUGGAUGUUUUUAAUUAUAAUAUAUAGAAUGUGGCCUCCUCUGAGAGAAAACAGUGUUUAUGUUUGCUUUGUGUUGAGGAAUGAUGCAGGGUAAGGCGGAGACUACACCAAACCAUUUCCACAUCUAAAUGAAGCCAUGUAAUUACCACUUUGCAAACUCAAUAUUUCAUCAGUCAUAUCCUAUCACUUUGUUUGUCACUUUUGUUUUGUGACACUUUUGUAAUGGAUGGAUAGAUUUUGUAAAAAAUGUAUAUGAUCCCCUCCAUCCCACUCCUUCAAUAUAGUUUGGUGGGUGAUCAAUACAGAAUGCAACAUGUUCUGCUCAACAAUAAUCCUUCUGUGUAAUGUGUGAAUGCUAUAGAUGUAUGUCAAUGACUUGUUAAACAAACUCAGAAACAACCCCCUCUUAAUAAUGCUUCUCUAAGAAUAAUUUAUUUUAUGCUUUUUUCAUAUUUUACUGUCCAAAAGUGGGCGGCUGAAACGCUCUGAAAUUGGAAUUUGCCUCAUCCUCGUUCUCUGCUCUACGUUGGAUCUCAGCCAACAUCAGCAGCCAUCUUUGUGCCAAACUGGGUUGCAGGGUUGGCUGAUCAAAAACAAUAUGAGAUGAGAACUCCACAGGAGAAACAAAUCAUAAAUGUGACCUCAGUCUGCUUGCAGUUGAAGGCAGCCUUGUGCUAAUGUUUGUGUUUAACUGUUUGAUUUAGUCUCCGUGAAGUUGGCCAUGGGCACGGCAAUAGGCUUGGGCUCAUUCGUGACAAUUAAUGAUUACAAGAUUUAAAAAAAAAAACUCACGUUUUAAGAGAUUUCAAUAAUGUGUGUAGAUAUUAUAGGCUACUCAUGUCAUCUUAUGGACUACAGGGUGGCUUCAGGGAUUUCGUGGUCUUCAGCGGUGACACUAUGGUGUUCAGAUGGAGUCAAUACUCACUGUUUUCUGUUGUGUUGUGUUUCCUUUUCAUUACAGUAUAUCCUCAUGUUUGCAUGUGCACGGAAAUGUUCCAAAGUGCUGCCCUCUGAUGCUGUGGGUGGUGCUCAUUUCUUUAUUAUGCAUGAAAAUAAUUCACAUUGGUUGAAAUGGGAUACACCUAACAACAAAAACACACACUGGGAUAACUGUUCUGUUGGCUUUUUUCUUUUCUUUUUCUCAAGAAAACAAGGGGUCUUGUUUAAAAUGUUGUGGAUGUCUUUAGCCUAUUUCAUGUUUUUAUUACCUUAUAAUAAGGUCCUUUUAUGAUGAGCUGAAUAUUGAAAUGAAUUUUACUAUAUCCUUGUGAUGGGGAGAUGUGCUCCCCUGUUUACUUGGCACUUCAGUUUGUUGUAAUGCAAUUGUUUUGUUAUUUCUAUGUAAGUACUUGAAUAAAGAAAAAUAUCACUUGC